AUGGAUUUUAAUGAAGUGAAAGUUAAUUUGAGGAAAUUCGCCUUUCCUCUUUCAACUGAAAAUGCAUUAAAUCAAAUACGUGAGUAUUAAAAUUUAUCAAUUAUAAAAUUAUAAAUAAUUUAAAUAAAUAUAUUUUUAUGUUUAAACUUGUAUAAAUUAAUAAUAGUUCUUGUUGAAAGUAAUUUAUUUUUUAAAAAACUAGAAUCCAUUAUAAAUGGUGAAACAACUAGGAAACAACAUUUAAAUGAAGAUCUUGCAAUGGAUUUGAUAUCAGAAUUUGUAUUUUGUGAAACAAAUGAAGAGGGAAAACCUACUAAGGUUGUAUAACAGUACUUAUUAAACAUUUUAUCGAAUUAAAUAUCAAGUCAUCUAUAUUUUUUAUUUUUUGAUUAACAGCCAAUGUCUCGUAUUAGACACUUAGAACUACUUGUAAUGAUUUGUGAUUAUUUUAAUAAGCCAAAAAUUAAACCAGAUAAUGACAAUUGUUGUGGAGACACUGCACUGAAUGCAAUUUUUAUGACUCUUUUCCCUCAAUUUGGCGCACCUCCUUUACGAACAAAUAUGCUAAUAAGCCUGAUAUCAUUGGCUAUAUCUACCUACAGUAAUCUUAUACUUCAAUCUGCCGGUAUACAAAUGCAACAAUUAGGAUGUUCAUCGAAAUACAGCUCACAAUUAGCUGAUGGACUUGUAAAAAGAUUUUUUACAUUCAUAGAUGCAAAAAACCCAUCAUUGCACUUAUUACCUCAGAAUGCUCCACUAUUCACAGCCAAUCUGAUGACUUCUUUAUCAGAACUUUAUUUUAAUAAAAGUAAUAAUACAAAUAUUUAUUAUUUAUGUAUAAUAAUGUAUUGAAUCAUUUUUUGUUAUCAACACUAGGUACGUACUGGGAUUUUGAGAUAAAGAAAAGAUAUUAGUUAAUUAUUAUGGAUUUCUUGGGCCAAAAUGUCUUCCCAGUCCAUCCUUGUUACUACUUAACACCUAUAAUUAAUUAUUAAGAAAUAUAACUAUAUUUAUCCUAAGUUAAUUUUAAUUAAUGUGAAAUUAUUUGUUUUAUUGAAUUACAGAAACUAUGGAUAUUAGCAUCAAAGAGCCACCUCGUGUUGUAUUAGAAAUAAUUGUACGGUGGAUUAAUUCUGAUACUCGUCUAUGUUUCACUGCACACUACACAGAUUUACAACGUGCAUUGCCUAGUGGUGCAAUUCCAAUGGCAGCUACACUACCUUUUUUGGGUUUGUUCAGAUGGUGUUUUUUUGCUCCACUUUGUGUAAAAAAUAAUAACGAUUUAGUGCUAUAUUCAGAACUGCAUUGUGCACUGAUUGAUAGUGUUAUGGAAGGUUGGAAAGUAUAUGCAGCAGAAAACCCUAGAGUCAGUUGCCCUUACACUUUAAGUGUACAUUCUGUAGUGCCUCAACAACUAAAAGAUCUAAUCGAUGAAGCUAUUAAGUAAAUAUUUAAUUGUUUUCAUAAUUAUUUUGUAUAGUAAAUAAAUAUGUAAAUAAAAAAUGUAUGUAUAAAAAUAAAAAAUGAAUAAAUGAGAGUCUAAAUAUUUAGCAAUGCUAUAAGCUGGAGCAGUUUUAAAGUUAAUUAAUGGAUGAAUUGGAUUUUGUUUAUGUAAUUUUAUGAAUCAAUAUAAAUGUGGAGCUUCUAUUUUGUAAUCAAAUUUUAAUAAUAUUAUUUAAUAGAAAAUAUUAUAAAAUAGAGGCACCUCACAUACAUCCAUUUAUAAAAUUACACAAACAAGAUUAACUUUAAAACUGCUUCAUCUUAAAACCUUGCUAUAUAUAGACUCUGAUAAAAGAAAAAUUAAAUAUGAAUACUGAUACUUCUGUAAAAAAUACUUAUGAUUUUAUUGAUAAAAUUAAUACAAUUGAUAUUGAGCCAGGUUCCAAAAUGAUUUCUUUAGACAUCAAAAAUCUAUGUACAUCUAUUCUUAAACACCAAACAGUAGAUUUUUUUUAAAAUAAACUCAUACAUAAUAAUAAAUUUAACACCAACAAAGUACAAGAAAUAAUUAUUCAAUCAAUAAAUGCAAUUAUUAAUCAAAACUAUUUCCGAUAUAAUAAUAAAUUAUAAUAGAAAAAAGAAGAGUUAUUCAUGGGUGGUUUUUUAAGUGCUCUUUUAUCUGAAAUUUACAUGCAAAAUUAUAAAACCAAUAAUAUUAUAAACAAUAAAAAAUACAGUCUGUAUAUAAAAGCAUAUUAUAGAUUUUUUUUUAUCUGUCAACAAUUAUUUUACUAGGAGACUUAUUCAGAUUUCUAUGUGUAGCAUCUUUUCUGAAAGAAAAUCAAUAAGGGGGAGGUACUUUAGGGAGGUCCUAUUUAUAUUUUCUCAUAAAAUUUGAAAAACUAAAAACGGAAAUAUAUAGAAAAUGUAGUUUAGUUAAAAUAUAUUAUGGUAUUCAUUUUUUCUGUGUACAACUUUUCUACCAGAAAAUUUGAUUGAGGAGGAAGUACUUCUACUUUAGAGAAUACAACAUUGAACAAAUAUUAUUAAAGAAAAUAUAUAAAGCCUAUUUAAUUAUUUUACUAUAAAAUGUUAUAUAUAUAUUGUGGACAAAGCAUCACUUAGAACACUGUUCAGAAUCAUUUUUAGUUGAUAAACCAUUGCUUACAGGUAUACAUUCAAUUUAUUACAACAUUAGCUGCACCUGUCCCCCAUUAUCCUAGAACGUCUUUUUAAACUACUUAAUGGGUAAGUUUAUUGUCCUGAAUUACUUUCGAGCUUAAAUUUCCUGGUAGCUAGUCGUAACACUAGAAAACUAAAUACCUUUAUGUAACAUUCCAGUCUUUAAUCACCCUUAUUCUCAAAAAAUAUCAUUUUUUAAUUCAAUAUUUUAUAAUCUUGAAGGUAUUCCAUUUAAUAAACAUAAUUAUUGACUGAGCUCAAUAUCGUCCAUAAUAUAGCAUUUAGAAAUAAUUCCAAUUUUAAUACUUCAAACAAUUUCCUAAACAUAUUAAAAAAAAAUAAUACACAACUUGUCAAAUAAUGUUUUUAACUAUUGUAAUAUAAAAUAUCAAAAUAAUAUAUCUAAAGAAUUUGUUAAAAUUCUGAUCAAUAAUCACUUUUAAGACUAAUAAUAAUUUAAUCAAACAUAUAAUACAUUAGAACUAAAAACUUCACAAAAAUCCCCCUUUUUUGAUAAUAUUGGUAUACAUAAACUUAAAUGUAACUGUAAUAGAUUUUAUGUAGGUAAGACAGAGAUUUCAAAAUAAGAUAUAAAACACAUUUCUGAAAUAAAAUUUUAAAAGACUUCCCCUAAUUCAAAUUUUGCUAAAUAUGUUUUAGAAAAUAAUCAUAAUAUAAGUUUUGAUAUUAAUACAGACAUAGAAAUAUUAAAUACCCAAAAUAACAUUUACAUUAAUUCAGUAUUUUUCUUCUUCUUCUUCUAAGGCAUCUUAAAGACCAUUAAGGUCCAUUGCCGCAACAACAACAUCCUUUCACUUUUCCCUGUCUCUUGACAUUUCCUCCGCAUUUUCCACACCAAUCAUUCUGAGGUCAUCCUUGACUCUAUCAGCCCACCGUUGUCUGGGUCUUCCUCGAGGCCCUUUUGUGUUUGGUUUCCAUUUAUGCUCCCCAGUACUCCUUCAGAUCUUAAUUCAGUAUUAUAAGAAUUAUAUAUAUAUAUAUAUAUAUAUAUACAAAGAAAUAUAGAAAAAUAAUUUUAAUAAUAUUUUUAAUGUAUAACUUAAAAAUAAUAUCUUAUAUCAAUACAUUUUAGAUAAUAAAUAAUAACCAAAUUAUUUAUAUUUCUUAACAUAUCUGUCUUAUAAUAACCAUUUUAAAUAAUCUUAUUAAAAUAAAUUAUUUCUAUGUAAAUAAACCAAUUUUUAUAUAUUUUUUUUCUAUGUAUUCUUUUAUUUAAUUUUUUAUAUUGACUCAUAUUUUACAUUUGGAUUGGGAUAUACCUGAUGAAUUUUGAAUUUGAAACCCGUAUAAAAUACACUUAAUAUACUUAAUAUACACUCAUAAUACUCCGGGUGACAUAUUCAUUUAUUUAUCUAUUUUUAUAUAUACAUUUUUUAUUUAUACAUUUAUUUCAUAUUAACCAUUUUAAUAAUUUUGUUUUUAUUUUAUUAUUUUAUGUCUACAAGAGCUAAGUAUAAAAUUAAAUAUAUUUGAUUAUGAUUUACAAGUAUAUAACAUACUUUGAAUUUAAGUAUAUUUAUUAAAAAUAUUAAUGUUAAUUAAAUUAGGUCAAAUGAUCCAAUGGCAUUGCACUCUGUUGAUGUAGUAUUAGAAAGAUUAGCUCAGAGUAUUAAUGCAUCUAUAAUAUCUGAUACUAUUUUUGGAAAUAAACGUAAGAAAAGUAUUAUUUUUUAAAUGUUUUUAUUUAUUUUUUGAUUAAUUUUCUAUUUUUUAUUGUGCUGUUUCAGAGGAUUUGGUUAGUCAAUUAGAAUCACUUCCAGAAAAUAAGGUUUUAAAAUUACUUAUUAAACGUAUUCAAUUAUAA